UUAGGACGAAGUAUUCGUUUUUUAACCGAGUUCAAGGUUUCUACUCUUCCCUUGGACGAUGGCGACAAGCUUUCUAGCAACUCUCCCUUUUUUGUUUCUUUUCUCUAAUCAGGUGGAGUGUAGCUAUUUACUAAACGACGUUGCAUCUUGCAAAUUUGGAGAGCUUCCAUGCGAAAACGGACAGUGUAUAAACAGGAAAGCUUGGUGUGAUGGACCUCAAGAUUGUCAUGACGGAUCAGACGAAAUGUAUUGCAAGAUUGGCAACCCGAAUGAUGCAAAAAAAGGUUUCUUGAACAACUGUGACAAGUCUCAGUACUUCCGCUGUGACGACGGAAUGUGUAUUCCAAAGGCAGGUCGUUGCGACGACAUGCCAGAUUGUGAGAAUGGAGAAGACGAGGAAAGUUGUGACUACGAUUAUGACUCUGAUAUGAAUGAAGACUCAUUGGAUAUAUCUACGACACUUACGCCAAUUACCACAGUUAGCACAACUACAACAACAACAAGCACAACGACGACAGCAUUUCCACCUAAGUCCUCUUCUAGAGGUGAUGUGUCGUGGAUUCCCACUCGCAUCGACGCUCUUCGGAAGUCUGUCCGUUAUAUCAUUGAGGAGAGAGACAUCAGAUGGGGAUGGGGUAAGGCCACUCCUAGAAUCGCCACCGCACUUUAUUUAGCUAACGACAGCUAUUUUGAUUUCGAUAAUAUGGAUGGCUUGAUGACAAAGAAGCAGUUGGAAGUGCAAUUAGCAUUAGACCUUAUGAGACAUGCAGAGAAGGCUUUGCGCAUGCAUGAAUUGUCCCACUACAUCCAUGCACUAGUGGUUACCUGUAACAACCCCAAGAAUUUCCAUGGUGUGAAUAUAGUUAAACUGCUGAAAAAGUCAGUGGCUCAGCGACAAGCCAAAAGUCUCCUUGUCAAUCCCAUUGCCUAUUUGGCUCUUUGCAACGCUGGGGAAUUUUCAGAUUCAUAUAUAAGAAAGUUGAAGAAUAUGGCUUAUAAGAGAAGUGUUGAACAGAGAUGGCUUGAUAUUCAAGCAUACGUCUUAUUGGCGAUCUCCUGCCGAACGAUGAAUAGCUUCAACGAUUCUAAGGAAUGGUCAUUACUCAAGAAAGACGUAGCCCGUAAUAUCACUGAAUGGCAACAGCCUGAUGGAAGUUUUGGAAGUAUUUACAGUACUGGAUUGGCCUUGCAGGCACUGAUUGCUGCUGAUGAAUAUGGUACAGAAACUGCCAAAGGACGUGCCAUGACUUACCUUUUGACGAAACAAGACUGGCAGGGAAGUUUCGGUACUGAUGUGGACAAUUACUUUGUAAUACCUGCUCUCAAUAUGAAAAGUCUCGCCUCCAUACAUACCAGAAACUGUAAGCCUAACCCUUACGGUACGCAAAGUACGGAAGGCGAAAGACAAGAUGGAAAAAAGAAAAAGCAGAUGUACGUCCACUACUCUUUGUGGAUAGGAGGAGAUAAAAACGAAAUCCAAACCAUUACGUUAGGUCUGCCUCGUCAUUCAAAUUUCUUAGAUGUCAUGGAAGCAGCAAUAAAAAUAAAUCCUCGUUACAAAUCUUAAGAAACUGCAUCCAAAAGAUGGAGAACAUCUUGCAUUCUGGUACAAGCCUUACUUGUAAUUAUCUGUGUAUACGUGACUAAGAACUUCUAAAAAUUGUUCUCUCUGAAAUUUUUACUUUCAGAGAUUUAAUGAUAAGAUGCCAGAUUUUGCUGGCUUAUAUAAAGUGAUUUAUUUAUUUUAGUGUUUACUUCUUUCAGACUUGUUUAUAUUUCUGUAAGUCAGGGAAAGUAUUUGAAAUUUUUACGUUCAUGCAUUCUUUUGUAAUUGAAGAUGCAUGAUUUUUAUUUGUGCCGUUGUUGCCAACCAACUGUUUGUCAUUUUUUCUGGUAAUGGUAUUUAUUAUUCAUCUUUUUGUGCAUUUGCUGUGCUCAAUGGUCCAUGAGGUUCACGAAAGUGUAAAUGACUGUAAGCGUAUGCUGUAAAAUCGUAUAAUUUUUUAGAAACCUGGUGUGACCAAGCUAACAUUAGGGUGUAAUAUUAUAAUAUAUGCUUCUUUCUAUUAUUAUUAAUUUGCUUUACAAUAUCUCAAUAGUAUCAGCAAAAAUGUCUUCAGUAUUUUUCUUUUUAUUCGACAGUGAAAAAUGAUUUACUGAUUAUGAAAAAAAGUUUUCUGUUUUUUACUUAAUUUACUAACGUGUGAUUUUUCAUAAAUGAUUUGUAGACAUUAAAUGAAUUUCCAUUAAAAAUGUUUUUUUUACUCUUCACUUUUUAAAAAUUUUAUGUAAUUAGUCUAAUAUGAGACGAUGGAGACCUUACUCUGAUACUAUUUUGUACUUUAAUUAUUUUGUAUAUAAAUGUAUGUUGUUGUGAACGUAUUUAUAUUAUAUAUAAAAUCAAGUUGUUCAAGUUGUAAAACUUUCUGCCUUUUAUUUGAAUAAAUAUUUUAUUCUGACUGGA